ACGACUGGUCAACAAAGGCACGUGAUUCCAGAACGCUCUCCCAUAUUUGGCCGCAUACCUGGCAAAGUACAGUAGGGGCUUCAUUGCUUAUAAUUCAUGAUUGCAUCCAUAAAUCGUGCAAGCACACAGGAUUAUAGCGACAAAGAUCUACAAAUCGAGGCUUUAAAAAUCCAAGCAAAUGAGCUCUUACUUUGUAAACUCGUUCUCAGGGCGCUAUCCAAAUGGCUCCGACUAUCAGUUACUAAAUUAUGGGACUAACGGCGCUGUGAGCGGCUCCUUCAGAGACCCUGGCACCAUGCACUCCGGGUCUUUCGGCUACAACUACAAUGGCAUGGACCUAACCGUGAACCGCACCAACACCGGCAGCCAGCAGCACUUCCCGGCGGUGCGCGAGGACGCCCGGGGGUUCGGCCAGGACGCCCGUUACAGCAGACAGACUCCCAACUGCUCGCUCGCCUCUCCAGAUCCGGUGCCGCAGCCGUCGUGCGCCACAGCCAGCCGGGAUCCGCUGGACCAACUCAAGAGCCCCUCUCCUCCCUCCUCUGACCGGAGCGCGACCUCGAGCGGAGGCAACAACAACCUCAAACAAAGCACGAGCGCUCAUUUCACGGAGAUAGAGGACGCCACGGUCGCUUCAGAGACCGAGGAGGGCGCGCACAGCAGCGGCGGAUCCGGCUCUGCUGCUUCCCGGGCGCAGCAGCAGCAGCAGCAGCAGCAACAGCAGCAACAGCACCAGGACCCCAAUGCCACCUCCUCAACCCCUACAUCAAAUGAUUGCCAAACACCACAAAUAUUCCCCUGGAUGAGGAAGCUGCACAUAAGCCAUGAUAUGACCGGACCUGAUGGGAAAAGGGCCCGAACUGCGUACACCCGGUACCAGACUCUAGAGCUGGAGAAAGAGUUUCACUUCAAUAGGUACCUAACCAGACGGCGGAGGAUAGAGAUAGCCCACGCCCUGUGUCUUUCCGAAAGACAGAUCAAAAUCUGGUUUCAGAACCGCAGGAUGAAGUGGAAGAAGGACAAUAAACUGAAAAGCAUGAGCCUGGUGACAGGAGGGAGCGCCUUCCACAACUGAAUCACUUUUUGUUUUUGUUUUUGGAGGGAGUCAAAAUAAAAAAUCAUAAAGAAAAAAACCCAUAAAAAGAAUCCAUGAGUACUGUAAAGCUAUUAAAGCGCAGCACCUUCCUUCCAGCAUGCUAUUGUGAUAGAAGAAGAAGAAGUAUUCUGUGGUGUUAAAAUGCCAUUUUUUUUAGUUCCUGUUGUUGUAGCUUAUAGUUGUCCUAUUUGGAGAAAAAAAAGAUGUAAAUAUUACCUGUGAGGGUGGAGGGGGGGUGUUCAUUAAUGAAUUGUCCUUUUUGCUCUCUCUGUCUCUCUUGAAGGUGUUUCAACUCUCAGCUCUUUAUUGUGACUCUCUCGGUCUAACAGGAGUAAAUUCAUUGUACAGUUCUAGAUAUAAAAAAAAGAAGAAAAAAAAAGGAAGACAAAGUUUCCAAAACCAUAUGCUGCUCUUCAUUGAAUGUACCUGAUGUAUUCCGGGGGCCAUUAAAGCGCUUUAGUGUAACUUUUGAUGCUCUUUUUGAUCUCGUGGCCAGAUCCAUUCAAAACUUUCAGAAACAAGCCAGGUGUUGUAGCUCGAUAGGAUAUUUUGUGCAUCUGUUAUUAUUAUGAUUAUUAUUAUUAUUGUUUAGGUCUAAUUAUGAGCAAUGCAAAUGUAUUCAACCUGUCAAUGUGAUCAGUUUUUAGUGCAAAGGGUUAUUCUGUGCAUAGGCAGUGAUGUAAGCUUUCUUCGCCAAUAAGCUUUUUGUAUUUGUAAGUGAACUCAU